AUGGCAUUGUCACCAAAUUCGGAUACGAUGUUAUCAACAGCUUUGUCACCACCAGAUUCGGAUACGUUGUUUCCGAUGACAUUGGCAUCAGAUUGGAAUAUUUUGGAUUUCCUUAAUAAAUCUGAUAUGGAUACAUUUGAUAAAAAAAUAGAACAAUAUAUUACAUGUCUUGAGACAAUUGUUAGCAAUGAAACUGGCAGCAGAAAUGAAAGAGCACAACUACUUCUUAACAAAUACAAACAGGAAGGUAUAAAAACAGGCAGAUUCAAAGUUUUAGACAAAGCUGUUGUUGGGAUAAUCUUUGAGGUUACCCUACGUUCAAGGCUUCGAGCUGACCUAGCACCUAUGCAGAUAUUAGGGCAUAGACAUCUGGCAAGAAAGUGGAGAGAUGAACAAUUGAAUAAUCAAGGGAUUACUGGGACUUCAAUACAUUUAUUCAAUCCAAAAUUCGAAGGUGAUUCUAUAGGAAUUGGAACAAUAAAUAAUGGAACAUUUAAUACUGAGUUGCCAAGGAAAA